AUGUCCAAACCAACUAUCGUUUUCCUGCCAGGAGCCUGGCUACCUCAGCCUACUUAUGCCUCUUACCUUCAAGCGUUGGAGCAAGCAGGAUACCCCGUUUGCUAUAUCUCGUAUCCCUCCUGCGAUUCCGCGAGCGCCGAUUGCCAAAAGGAUGCUACAACUAUCCGCGAGAAAGCUAUCAAGCCACUAAUCGAGAACCAAGGCAAAGACAUCGUUGUGCUAAUGCACUCGUAUGCUUCUUUGCCAAGCGCAUCGGCAGUAAGGGGCUAUUCCAAGACGGACCGCGAACGAAACGGUCAAAAAGGAGGUAUAUUGGCAUUGGUCUGUAUUGGUGCAUUUCUAGUGCCGGAGGGCCUGAGCUGUGCUGGUUUGCAAGGAGGAAAGCUUCCGGAUUGGAUUCUGCUUAAUCAGCCCGAAAAAGGUCUAAAUGUUCCAGACAAUGCAAUUGAAAUAUUUGCUGCAGAUGUUGAGCCAGCCCUCGCAGAGCAAAUGGCCGCACAAUUGAAACCACAUUCAAACUUGGCGUUCAUGUCGGAGCAGCCCUCCUCGGCUUGGACUGAAUCGGCCUUUGACGGUCGCUGUGCAUACAUCGUCACUGGGGAGGGUCGAGCUGUUCCCAAGGCUGCUCAGUACCAAAUGAUAGAAGGAACUGGCAAGGAAUGGAUUGUGAAGGAAAUUCCGAGUAGCAGUCAUAUGGCACCGUUCAUGACUCUAACUGGCAAUUGUGUCCAGUUGGUGAAUGAGAUUUUGAGCGAAUGUAACAUAUAG